UGUUCCAUCCAUAGUCCACAGUUCUCUUUGUGCAGUUUUAGAAGUUGGAAACUCAAACACUGUUCACCAUGAGACUUUGGCUUGUCCUUGCUGUCGUGUUACUGAUCAUUCAGUGUCAAAAAGUGCUUAGCUGUGGCGGAGGUAAUGGUAGUGGCGGCGACGGCGGCCAAGGUGGAGGUGGUGGUGGUGGGGAAGGCGGUGGUGGCGGUGGUGGAGGCGGAGGAGAUGGCGGCGGCGGCGGCGGCGACAAACCCCGAGUGGUUGGUAAGCAGUUUUCUCGCAUGUUCUCCAUAUUAAGUGAAGCAAAACGGAAAAUAGUUCACUAAGGAGGAAUCCCGCCCCAUGCAUGCGAUAGAACGGUACUAUGUAAUAUUCUAUAGCAUUUACAUUGAGAGAAAAACUAACAUAACUUUGAAGAAAAUUAUUUGUAACAAUGCAAUGUUUGAAAAACUUUUAACAACAGGGACUAUAUUGAACUCGUAUGUCUCAAAAAACAUUGUUUUCAUUUUUCCUCAAAGACAAAUUAGUUUCUUAUUCUUGCCUUCCCAAUAAAAAACAGAUGAAAGUGUGUUCUAAACUGAUGCUGUACCGUUCAUGACUUACUUUCAUUUAAGGAUGGGGAAUUUGUGUACUCCAACCUGAGUUUUGUGUCUUCUCGUUGUUGUACUAAGAGAGAUAAACUUAGCCCUUGAUAACGGCCUUUUAAACUGUAUUUUGUUUGCUUUCUAGGGCCAACCAUCCCUGAAGGUUUAGUGCCAACAACUGAAGCAGGUAGCGGUUCUGGUGACGAUGACAAAUGAGGACUGAACAAGAUUGAAGAAUCAAGCCCUUGCUGCCUUUAUUCUAACAAAUAAUCAAUGAAGUUACAUGAAUUGCCGAUAUGGAGUUCAAUUUUAUGUAAUAAUCGUAGUGGUAGAUUUACAAAGUAAUGUAAAACGGAAAGGUAAUAAAAGUUACAGGAACAUGAUCGGCUUGCUUGUCAUAGCACAUGUCCUUGCUCUAUGCCUGAAACAACACACGUCCCACGGUCUCUUAGACAAACACUUCGCUAAUGAUGAAACAAGAUCCCAUGAACAGC